AUGAGUUUGUUAGAAUUAAUUCAGACAUCUCCAGAUAAAAGACAUACCCUUUUUACCUGGACAACGACAACUUUUGGUAACAUAUCUAACAUUUCACAAUAUGGUCAAAACACACUUCCAGAAUCAGCAUUACAUAAAUUAGAUAAUGUCACUUCACAAUUUGAAACUUUUUUGCAGUAUUUAACAACAGCACAAGAAAAAGAACAGCUUGACUCGCAUUAUAUCUAUCUUCGACUUUCACAUGUAUAUUGUAUGUCUUUGUGUCAUUUGAAGCGGUCUGCAUCUGGAAAAAUAUUUGAUGGGGCUGAAUUAUUGCUUAAAGUAUUAGGAGAGGAAUAUGUUUCCUUACCUGAUGCUGCAGAAGGAUCUUUUAAGACUUCAAAAAAGAAGAAAAGUUCUUCUAAGAAAAACUAUAUGUAUACUCCUGCUAAAGAUUUGGCUGCUGUGACAUUGGGUCAACUUUUUGAGUUGUUUCCUAACGAAUUGACAUCACUAAUACCUUUAGUUCAUUUGUAUACAUUUAAAAACUUAAAGAAAUCAAUGGAGAAGCCUAAAUAUCGUCAUGCAACAUUUAUGGUUUCUCUAUUAAAGUUAUAUAAGGUUGUUAUUUCUCACUGUGAAGAUGGUGCCAUGGAUCCGCAAUAUAUCACAAAAUUUACAAAAAUUUCCAAGACUAUAUUUGAAAGCAUCUAUGAAAAUGAUGAAUCAUUCCCUGUUGAUGUUGUCAGGUUGAUCAUUGAAACGUGGGGUAUACAUUUAACUCAUAAGACAUAUCUUAAGGACAAUUCAUCUAAUUUACUAGAUGCAGUAUUUAGUAAAUUUCAUGAUUCAGAAUUAGGUAUUUACGGUUUUAUAAAUGAUAAGACAAGAGUCAGUACAGCUAAGAUUUUAGGUGAUAUUCUAUUUCAUUAUUUACGGGUUGCUCAAAUAAUUUCUUUAAAGGAUGUUUAUAAAUUUUAUGUCAAAUUCUUUACUUCUGCCAAAAUAAGAGAUGUAAGAUCAGCUUGUUUUGAAUCUAUCAUUCAUUUCAUAAAUUUGAAUAUAUCUAUUGAUAUAAAUUUUUUGAAUGAAAACGGAUACAUAUCUUUUCUGGAGAAUAUAAUUCAUAUAUUCAAUGAAAAGAAUAUUCAAAAUUUAAGAAUGGGUACUAUUUCAAGAUUUCUGAGGUAUCUUAAGCAUACUCAUAACCUAUUAUUACCAUAUGUCAGCGACGCAAACAAGAUCCAAUUGUUAGUGAAAAUACUUGCUACUGAUACCGAUCCAGUAAAUAAAAACUCUAAUGAGUUAUCAGCUUUAUUGGAUGCCAAAGUCAAUAAUCAGUGGCAUACAAUAGCUCUUCUUGAAUUUAUCGAAAAAAUUAUAUCAGAUCUAGGCUCAUCAUUUAUAAAUGAGAGAUUAUUAACAUCUACUUUAAGGAUGAAACUUUUGGAACUUUGUGUAUCAGAAAAUUUUACUGUGAGAAUAUAUGCUACAAAAGUUAUUAAGGAUUUCCUUUCUAAGUGUAAUUAUAUGAUAUAUGAUAUUAUGGAGAAUGCACUUGAUAUGUUGACAAAGGGGUUUUCCCCCCAAAAUAAAUUUGAGUAUUCAAAAUUACAUGGAUAUGCUUUUUUAUUAGCGAACUUAGUUCAAUUAGCCAACAAAGAAAUAGUACCCUAUGAUUUAAUUAUGAGGGUUACUGUCUUUUCUACAAAAUUUAUUAAAAACCACACAACAUCAACUUCAGGUGAUAUCUAUUUCAAAGGUUUGAUAUGUUGGAUUUUAAUGACUGGCUUAAUGAAUUAUAAUGAUGAACCCUAUCUGAGAAUGCAAACACCUCAACUAUUUUUGUUUUGGAAAGUUUUAUUAACACAUUCUUUUACUUAUCGUAGUGAAGAAGAGCUAAAACGGAAUCUGGAGAUGAGGACACAUUCCCUUACGUGUUUACUUACAUAUUUGAAUAAUAUCCCUAUUGACAAAGAAACAGCGAAGCAAAUUUCGUAUCUUUUGACAAAAUGCUCUAAUUUUAACCAUUCUGUUACCUUAAAAUCAAAAGACAUCGAUAAUAUUUUACUAACAAACGAAAAUCGAAUCUUGCAAGUUUACAUAAAGAUUCAAGAUUAUAUCUGCACUGAUUUUAACAGUUCAUUACUGUUAUUAAUCAUGAAAAACUUUUCAGAUCCCAAUCUUUAUAUUGAGCAUUCCAAUAAUAUUCUGUCUUCAAUAAAUAUGUCGAAGAAAAAUAAAAGAAAGGAAGAAAAUAAGAAAGAACCAAUUAUUAGUUUAUCUGUUGACAGUAUCUUAAGGCAACAAGGCGAUUUCGCUUUUGGAUUAUCUAGUAGAAUUGAAAAGAAUUGCAUUAAGAAUAUGUAUGAAAAUAAAAAAGGAAGGUAUUGUGUGAAUAAGUUUCAAUUAAACGAAUUUUGGAUAAAUAAUGAAUAUAAAUGGUAUUAUUGUUUUGAAGAAGAAGUGACAAGGCCGAUAUCUACGGUUUUAUCUUUUGAUUCUCUGGUGCUCUUAUAUAAGACUGUUCCCAACUUUCAUCAAAUUGAACCAUUACCUAAAGUUACUACAUCAUUAAUUGAUUUUUCUAUGGAGUUGUUCUCAAAUGUUUUUCCAUACCUUAAUAGUAAAAUUCAAUUUUCGGUUCUAGAAACAUUAAACUUAUCUCUUUUUUCGAAAGCCACUACACCCUUGAGAAGUGUAGCUCUUUGUGCUAACAUUUGUACUGUUUUAUAUCAAUCUUUAUUGCAUAUUCAUCAUAAUCAAAUAGGAUUAGAAGAAAAUGUUGGUCGACUUAUUAUAGAUACUCUGAAAAAAAUUGAAUUUCAUAAUGAUGAGUUCCUCACUGUUUUAAAAUCAGAGUGUUUAGGCCUUGUGUAUUCAACUGUUUCAACAACACUUGCUCCCAUACAAAAGGAGAAGCAUAUAGAGGGUGGCAUAAAGUCACUUGUUAAAAAUUUGGUUGAUAUUGAAGAACCAUAUCCAAGAAUGUUUUUUAUUUUGGGACUGGCUUCGAUAUAUAAAUAUAAUACACAUUAUGCCUCAUUCAAUAAAGUUUAUGAAACUAUACGCACACUUAUUAAUGAUCCACAUCCUGUUAUACACGCGUGGUCUCUGUAUGCUCAGUUCGUACUUAUAAAGAAGCAUUUAACACUUGAUUUAUCUGUGGUUGAAGAAAUUUUAAUUUCUUUAGAACAAUACAUCACAAAUUGUUCAUAUGGUAUAUACGGUGAUUCAUCAAUUCGUUACAAUUAUUGUUUAGAAUAUAAUUCUCACUAUAUUAUAUCAUGCAUGACUCGACUUUUAGCCGAAAAAUUAGGUCCCAGUUUCUCUGAAUUAUCAAAAAAAGGUAUAGAAAGCUUUCGAAAUAUAACAAAUGGAUCCUUAAUUUCAAAUGAAAUAAGAGACAUUAUGAAUUCACUCAAGACAUUUGAAAACAUUGCAAUAUUCAAGUUGAAUUCUGUUUUAUCUGAAAAGCCUUUUAUUGAAACAAUAAAAACUAUUUUACAGUUUUCAUUAUUGUUAGGCAUAGGUUCUAAUGAAUUUAAUAUUUUGUGCACUCAUCCCAUCCAUGCAAUCCCCUUUUCAUCUAGUUAUAACGUGAUUACCGAAUUGUUUGAAUUGCUAAAUCAAUUACUUAAAUUGGGAAAGGUAGAUGAAAUUAGCACUGAAGUUGGGGAUCUUUCCUGGGGAUAUAUUACUUUGUACCCUGACAAUCAGGUUAUAAAAUUGUAUUUCCAUGAAUGGCUAAGAUGCACCCAAGAUAAAGUGUUAUGGUUUGAUAAACUUUACAAGAUCAUCAAUAUGUCAACUCAACAAAUAUUUGGAAGCACUUUUCAAAAAAUGCAAUUAAUAUAUUCUAACAAUUUUACGUACUCAAGAGCAUUGUUAAAUAUGCAUGAUAAUAAAGAUAACCCAGAACUUUCCAAUUAUAUAGACCAUAUUAAUUGGCAAUUAAUGCAUUUAAUACUGGAAUUAUAUUCUCAAUUACUCGUCAACAUCCAGGACAAUUCUAUCAGUCUUUCAAUAUCAGGGGAAUUUUUUGAACAAAUGUGUAAAGUUAUUUAUCAGGGUACUUCAAUACAAAUUAAAUCAUGCAAUUUGGUUGCUUUGAAUAUAUUAAAGUCUAUUAUGGAAAUUUUAAAAAGAUCUGACUAUGUGGUGAUAAAUGAUCAACAGGAUUUAGUUCAAAGAGAAAUUCAACUUUCUAGUGCAAUAAUGCCAAUAUUUCACAAAGAUGUUUCUACGACUGUAAUAACAGAUUCAAUAGAGUUAAUAUCUGACAUUAUUUGUCUGACAAGACCAGUACUCUCUGAAGAUACAAAAACUUUUCAAUUUCUUGUAAAACUUUUGACAGUCUUUGAUGAAAAUAACCAGGAGAUAAACAUUGUGGCUGCCAAGUUUAUAACUAAAACCUCAAAGAGAAAAAUUCAAAUUGCUAUAUUAAGUGCUUGGGCAAAUAUUACUAAAGAAAGUAUUUUGAAUAAUGAUGAUAGACUAUCAACAUACAUAAAACCAUAUUUAAAAGUUUUACUUCCAUUAUGGACUAUAUCACUCCGUGAAUAUUUGAUGACAUUUUAUAAGAAAAUUAAUUUUUCUUCAGAAAAUAGUACGGAGAAUAUUAUAGAUUUAACUGAAUCUAAAAAAUCAUUGUUGAAAUUAUAUGAACCUGUUUGGUUAAAUUAUACUAAUGUUUUAGGAGCUCUUUUUUCAACCAAAGAUGAAGAAGUGUUAGACUGGAUUCAUAAAGAUGAACUUCGAAGUUUCAUGUUUUUACUAAUUGGAAGAUGUCUUGAUGAGUUAUCUAGAUGUGAUGAUAAUUGUGACAUGAAAAUAGAAUUGCUGUCAACACUCCAUAAUAUACUAAAUUCAUCAUCACUUCAAGGAAUUAUAUUAGAUAAUCAUGUUUUUCAAGAAUUUAUUUCUAUUUUUGAAAGAAUCGUCAAAAGAAGUGACGCACAUGAAAAAAAAGUGGUUGUAAAAUUAUUGGACAUGUUUAUUAGUAAUUAUAUCAGAGAAAAAAAAACUGUCGAUGCAUUCCUUGUGGAUAUUGACAAAUUAUAUGACUUACUGAGAUUACUUUUAAUAAUGAUAGCAGACAUUUUACCUUUUAUUGAGUUAAAUUACUGUAAUAUGAGCUCUGAUAUUAAAUUGUCAUCGGAAAAUGUAGCUUUAAUAACUCAAAUAUUUGCAGUACUAGAACACAAUAUUCGGCAAUUUCCACAUAUGUUUAAACUUGAUCUUUACGCCUGCUUAUUGUUUGUUAUUGGUAAAAUUCUAUAUUCUGAAUAUGCAAAUGUUUUAGCAUAUGCUGUCUUCCCACUGUUAAAAUCAAUUGUUUGUGGAUUAGAUGAAGAAGGAACUGAUUUUUCACUAAUCGAUAGAUUUUAUGACUCUGUCAAGAACGUAAUUAGAGAUAAACUAUCCAAUGAUAACUUUAUUGCGUUCUAUUUAACAUUGUUGUGUAACAAAUAUUCUAAUUUUACUGAGGAUGACAUAAAUUAUUUUGGUGAAAGGGUUCUUGGAUCCAUAAAAAGAACUAACAAAUCAAAAUUUGCAUUUGCAGGAAUAGAAAAAUUAAUCCAAUUAAAUUUUAGAACAAAAAAUAUAUUGUACUUCCUUGAUUAUUUAUUUAGAAACAUUUUUACAAAUGUUAAUAACCUAGAACCAAAGAUGGUUGACACUUCUCUGGCAUUGUUAUCCAUGCUAGUAUCUUCAUACAAAAAAGAAGAAUCCGAUAAGGCAGUUACUUCCCUAACAUUAUUAUUGAUAUUUCUUUGUAAAGUUAGUAGGGAUCAGAUUGAAUCAAAAACAAUGUCAGAGAUAAUUUUAUUAAUUGAAAAUAAUGCACUUUUAUUCAAAAGAAGUAUUUUGGAAAAUUUAACUAAAAGUCAAAGAAAUACUAUUGAAAAUAUUUUAAAAGAUGAACUUAAAUUAUCUGGAAGUUUGCAUGAUGAAAAUAAUAUAACUUUGAAAAACUUCGAAUAA